UCGGAUACAUUUCUUGCCGGCUUGUUAGUUGUUACCAAGUUGCGAUUCAGUCUUUUCAGUGUUUCGUUACCGAACACGCGGAUUUACUCAUCUUAUAUAAUUGAAUUGUAUCAUUGUUGUUGUUUUUUUUUGAAUUAUAAAAUCGUCUCUUGAAUAAUUUUUCAACAUGUCUGUUAAACAAUUGUACACAGAAGAUAAAUUGGAGUACCAGUUCCUUCCAACAAGAGGAAAUCAGGUACAAUUUCGUUUGAAAGCUGCAAAUGAUGGUCACAUUGCUCUGACAACUGAACCUCAAGAAGGGGAACCAAUGUUUGAGGUUUUCAUCGGCGGUUGGUCGAAUGCAAAAUCCGUUAUUCGUAAGAAUAGAACCAAACCCGAAGUUGCUGAAGCUGAAACUCCAUCAAUUCUCAGCGCCGAUGAAUUACGCGGCUUUUGGAUUAGAUGGAGCGAUAAUUUAUUGACAGUUGGAAAAGAAGGAUUUCAUAAUCCAAUGUUGAGUUACGAGGAUCCUGAACUCUCAAAUAUUCGUUUUAUUGGAUUUUGCACCGGAUGGGGAGCUACUGGUGAAUGGCAUCUCGAAGCAAUAUGUUUCGCUGAUUACGAUGGUGGUUAUGAGGCUUCAAGACCUUCGGCUCCAGUUGAUCCAAUUUCAUCACAUGGUCCAGUUGGAGUUUGGUGUCAAGCUGAUGGCGGAAUCUUACCUCCGGAUGCAUUGGAAGGCGGAAAUGACAUCGAUGGUGUUUUAUAUGUUGGUAGAGCUAAUCACGAGGGUGCCCUUAUACCAGGCAAAGUAAAUCCUCAACAUGGAGUUUGUUACGUUGCUUGGGGCGGUGAGGAACACGGAAAAGCCCAAUACGAGGUUUUGUGCAACAGUUCCUCAAUGUGGGUUCCAACAAGCGGUGAAAAUAUUCCGCCAAAUGCCGUUCCAGGUGGACAAACGGAAGAAGGAGAGACACUUUUUGUAGGUCGUGUUAAUCACGAGGGUACGGUAACUAUUGGCAAGGUACAACCAUCCCACAAGUGUCUCUAUAUUCCUUUUGCAGGACAAGAGGUCUCAUUUCCUGAAUUUGAAAUUCUCGUUUCAUAAAGAAACAAUUGAUUCUCUUGAAUCAAUCACGCGUGAUGAUUUUUCAAACACCUUGCACUAACAAACAAAAAAAUUAAUUGUGUAGACAAAAAAAUACAAAUAAUUAAAAAAGAAGCCUUUGCUGCUUAAAUUCACAAAAGUACAAUUUCGCUUCAAAAAAAAAUAUUUUUUAAAAAUAUUUUACACAUAUUUUAAUUUGUGGAAUGAUUCUUUUUUCAGUAAUAAUUAACGGAAAAAUGAAAUUGUACCUAAAUUAUAUUGCAUUUAUAUAACAAAACUGUAUUUAUAAAUUAUCAUGAAAUAUUUUAGUCAGAUAAUUGUUAAAAGAAAAAAAAUUGUUACAAGGUCGAAUCGUCGAAUUUUUUUUAAACUAUGUUAUACUGCCCAAUGCCUUUAACUGUCUUCGAGUUUUUUGAAAUGAAAUAUUUUUCCACGCUGUAAGCGCACAUAAUAUUAUCUAGAAAGCAUUUUUACUUUUGACAAUGUUACAAAUUAAUUAUUAGUAUUUAUUUUUGAAUCUCGUAGUAAUAUUUAUGAAAAAAAAAAUAAUAAAGUUAUAAUAAAAUAGUGGCUU